AAUAAGCAAAACAAUAUCAACAAUAUAAUGGCACUCGCCCAAGAUCUCUACACGAUAGCGUCUAACAGUGCAUAAUAACACAAAAAUUAUCAAAACAAUUAAAAUAAAAAAUUAAAGUGAAUAAUUUAUUAUUUGAUAAAUAUUUACAUUAAUACAAGUGAAUACUGCAAUAACUAUUGAACAAAUAGCUUUUUGUUUUUUUCUUUGUUUUGUUUUGUGCAUCGUCAGGUUAUCAAACUUACUGACUCAUUUUUAUUUUUUUCAUCUAUUUUUAAUUUAGAUUUAAUUAAGUUGACCGACAAUUAAAAAUUAACAAGUGAUUUCAGUGACACAGUUUAAACAUCAAUAAAUAAAAUUUUAUUGCAAAUUUCUAUUUUAUAUUUUCCAGGAAAAAACAUCAAAGAUCAAUUAUGUUUUAUAAUUCUCCUCCUCGUGAAGCUAGAAAAAUUGCCGAAAAACAAUUUGCUCAAAAAACAGCAUUUAAAGAUAAAUUUGAAGUGGUAUGGAAUUUCAUAUCUCCAUACAUUAAAGAAAAUCGUGGUAAACUUAUAAAAACGGUUGGUCAAUCAAUGCUCUGGAGAGAAAUUGGUAACAAAGAAUACACUACUGCAAAAAAUAAAAAUUAUUUACGCAAAUCAAUUGAAGCAUACACCAAGAGUAUUGCUUUUGCACCAGUUGGAUCCAAAGAAUUGUCAUUGGCUUAUGCAAAUCGUUCAGCUGUAUUGUUCAGGGCAAGUCUCUAUGAAGAUUGUCUCCUUGACAUUGAACGAUCAUUGAAAGCAGACUAUCCAGAUAAAUUAAAAACAAAAUUAUAUGUUCGUCAAGCAUUGUGUUUCGAAGCAUUGAAACCAGGCUCACAUAUUGAGAAAAGUAUUUCAAUGGCUAAUGCAAUGCAAUGGCUUCCUGACUUGAAAAAAUAUAAUCAAAAAUACGACAUCAUCAAAGAGUAUUCAAAGAUGAUUAAUGAACUUAAAAAACCACGUGAAAUUAUUGAAUUUAUACCAGAAAUAAAUGAUAAUGCAAUAAUAGUUGGUGCAUCUGAUGCUAUUGAAUUGAAAAAAACAAAUAAAAAUGAUCAACAUAUUGUUGCAACAAGAGACAUCAAAUCUGGUGAAUUUAUUUACAUUUCUGAGCCAUUUGCAGCAACUAUUAGUAAUGAUCUACGUUUUACUAAUUGUUGGCAUUGUUGUCGUUCAACUUGGGCUAGUGUACCAUGUGAUAAUUGUCCAAACGCCAUAUAUUGCUCUGACAUAUGUAAAAAAAAAGCAUGGGAUAGUUAUCAUAAUAUUGAAUGUUUAGUAUUGGGUGAACUUUCACAACAUGCCUUAUUAACUACAGAUUAUACUCUGACAGUAAAACUUUUUUUAAAGACACUAAACUUGGCUGGUAGUUUAGUGGAGUUAAAAAAAAAAGUUGACGAUAUUGACUCGAUGAAAAAUCAAGGACCGAUAUUCACCAAUGGUAUUCUUGAUCUUAACACGAUUGAUAACUUUUAUCUUUUAGAUUAUUUAAAACCAACAUCGAAUGAGAGUAAUUUUGAGGUACUAUUUUUCGGAGUAUUGAUGGUUCAACUGUUUGGUGAAAAAACAGAUAUAUUAGGUCAUAAAAUGACAAUUAAAGAUUUGAUUAAAAAUGAAAAAUCAUCAAUUUUGGGAGAAUUAAUAUUGCGUUAUUUGCUAACUGUUUUACGCAAUAGUCAAUUGUUGACAAAACCUGGUUUGACUGCUUUGUUGUCACAUGUCAUAUCACCGGUUUGGAAGAUAUUAAAACCAAGCUGUGAUCCUAAUGUCGAUUGGACUCAUGUCGGUUCAAAUGUUGGGUAUUUUGCUGUCAAACCAAUCAAGCAAGGAGAACCGGUACUUUUGGGUGCACUUGGUUUAUAUCAUAUGAUUCCAAAAUCGAAUCGAUUUCUACCAUUAGGAAAAACUGAUCUUAUAUCAUGUAAAUGUAAAGCAUGUGUUGAAAAUUGGCCGACUGUAAACAAUCUUCCAUCUUACCAGAACAUAAUAUUGCCGACAAGAUCCAAGGAAGAAUUGAACUGUAUAGUGCCAACCUGCGCAGAUUGGCAAGAACGCGUCUAUCAUGGAGAUACUAAAGAAUUAUUGACAAUGAAGGAUACUAUCAAUUGCUUGAAUGAUAAGCUUCAUCAAUACAACAUAGUUCCUUGUAAAGAAAUAUCAGGUUUGUAUAUAUUACUCAGAACGUUGUACAAUCGACUACAUACUGUUCAUGAUUUUGGCGAGUAAUUAUUUUUCAUCCAAAAAAAAGAAAGCAACAUUUUAUUUCAUACAUUUCUUAUAUCGAUGUUCAUUUUUGAUAUAAUCAGCAUAAAAAAUAAACAAUUAAAACCAUAUUAUUAGUUAAGGUUUAAGGUAAAAAAAAAUUAAUAACUUUUAUGUGGUAGAAUUUAAGGUUUUUAAAUCCAAAUAAUUCAUGAGAUUUUUGGAAUACUUAAAAAGUUUUCUGUUUAAAUUUAAGGGUUUGUUUUUUUUUCAGUCUAUAAUUUAUGGUUUUUCAAUUUGUAAUUAAUAAUUAUAAUUAUUACUAAUUAUUAAAUACUAAUUAUAAAAAAUAAAUAAUUUAAAGUUGUCUUUUUUUUUUUCUUUCUCUAUUAUACAAGAUUGCGUGAAUAAAAACAGAUAUUAUUUAUUUUUUUUUUUUAAAUCAUGUAUAUUAAAUUUAUCAUUGGUUUUUAAAUAUUAUAAAAUUUAUUUUGAUAAUUUAUCUAUUGUUUAUUAACAACCAAAAUAUUAUUCUUUUUAAUCUA